AUGAUUAGACCUGAUUCGUCUGCUGACCCUCUGGGGUCUGAUGACAAGUCCUGCAAUUAUGAUGGGAUUCUGGGAAGGAGGGGGCAGUCUCCAGGCCCUGUGCUCUUUUGCUGUGGUAGGGAGACGCAGCUAAUUCCUUUUUGCUUCUCCUGCACAGACAAGACCAUCAUCAUGUGGAAGCUGACCAGGGAUGAGACCAACUAUGGGAUCCCACAGCGCGCCCUGCGUGGCCACUCGCACUUUGUCAGCGAUGUGGUCAUCUCCUCUGAUGGGCAGUUUGCCCUCUCUGGCUCCUGGGAUGGCACCUUGCGCCUCUGGGACCUUACCACAGGUACCACAACCCGGCGAUUUGUGGGCCAUACCAAGGAUGUCCUGAGCGUGGCCUUCUCAUCUGACAACCGACAGAUUGUCUCGGGUUCCAGGGACAAGACCAUCAAGCUCUGGAACACCCUGGGUGUCUGCAAGUACACAGUUCAGGAUGAGAGCCACUCAGAGUGGGUGUCCUGUGUACGUUUCUCCCCCAACAGCAGCAAUCCCAUCAUCGUCUCCUGUGGCUGGGACAAGCUGGUGAAGGUUUGGAACUUGGCCAACUGCAAACUGAAGACUAAUCACAUUGGCCACACGGGCUACCUGAACACAGUGACGGUCUCUCCUGAUGGCUCCCUCUGCGCUUCUGGUGGCAAGGAUGGCCAGGCCAUGCUGUGGGACCUGAAUGAGGGCAAGCACUUGUACACGCUGGAUGGUGGAGACAUCAUCAACGCCCUGUGCUUCAGCCCCAACCGCUACUGGCUCUGUGCCGCCACUGGCCCCAGCAUCAAGAUCUGGGAUCUGGAGGGGAAGAUCAUUGUGGAUGAGUUGAAACAAGAGGUGAUCAGCACCAGCAGCAAAGCAGAGCCUCCCCAGUGCACCUCCCUGGCCUGGUCUGCAGAUGGGCAGACCCUGUUUGCUGGCUACACAGAUAACCUGGUCCGUGUGUGGCAGGUCACCAUUGGCACCAGAUAAGUGUGGCCUCAGGACUCAGACAUCUUUUGUGUAAAGAAAUCCAUUAAAAGUGCUUUAUUCAA